GUAUCUUUAUUAUAAAAGUGAAUUCUCGUAGAAAUAAACGUUGAUGUUAUCUAGUAGAAAUGUCCUUGAAAAUUCUCAACAGAUACAUAAAGAGGAUCGUCAUUUUUAACACAUUUACCGUUGUGUGACGUAGGACAUAUACUCACACUUCUAAACAAAGUGUUACUAUGUCCCACGUUUAGGUCUAAAUGUAUGAAAAGUCGUAAAAAGAUCGAUUCUUUUGAGUGCUUGGUAACAUCAUAUCACGUUAUGUCUAAACAAAAAUUCAUUUAGAGCAUCAAGCUUAGACGGAACACAUACGCAACUACAACGCAAUGUAGUUUCAUCGAGUGUCAACAUGAAUAAUUGUCAUUAUUUUUUAUUUGCCAUAAUUAUACACAUUUCUUUUUACAUUAGAGAAUCUUCGGAAACAACUGAACAAGAUAUGCUGGAUUUUGAAAAUAAAAAAAAGGCGGCAAUCCCUUCAGUUUUGAAAGUUUCUUCGUGGAACGAUAUGCCGUUUUCCGGAAUAAUUCAAAAAAAUGGCCAGUGGGUUGGAACAGGAUACGCAUUUUAUAUUCUCGAUCUUCUGAGUGAUAAAUUGAAUUUCACUUACACUGUUAUACCACCAAAGGGACAAAUAUUCGGAAAUAAGAAUAGAGGAAUUAUAAGCAUGCUGUAUAAAAACGAAGUAGACAUGAUCGCUGCAUUCGUACCCGUAUUAGAAGAUCUACGUAAAUAUUGUUUAUUCAGCACGACAUUAGACGUGUUCGAAUUAACAGCAAUGAUGAAAAGACCUGAAGAAUCUGCAACUAGUUCUGGUCUUCUAGCACCAUUUGACAAUACCGUUUGGUUUUGUGUUCUUACAGCUGUAUUAGUUGUAGGCCCGAUAAUUUAUUUGUUUUCUUUGAUUAGGUUGAAACUUUGGAAAGGUACGGAAGGGGAAAAUUACAAUUUACCAUCUUGCAUGUGGUUUGUCUACAGUGCGUUACUUAAACAAGGAUCAACGAUCAUCGCUCAAACAGAUUCAACAAGGAUGCUCUUUGCUACUUGGUGGAUUUUUAUAUUAAUUCUUACUUCAUUUUAUACCGCUAAUUUGACAGCAUUCCUUACAAAGCCACAAUUUACAUUACCAAUUAACAAUAUAAAAGAUAUAGUGAACAAAGGAUACAAAUGGGUCACUUUUAAAGGACGUGUGAUAGAUUAUCUCUUAUCUCAGCCUUAUAUAAAUGAAUUAACAUUGUUAAACCAAACCACAUUUCAAGGAGAAUAUAUCACGAUGUACAAUGAGCCAGCAAGUUACAUAUUUGAUACUGUUGAAAAUAAAAAACUUUAUCUCGGAGAACGUCACUAUUUUCGAAAGUUAUUAUUUGAGGAUUAUAUAAAUAAAACUCGUGAAGGUUUGGAGCACAACAAACGUUGUACUUAUGUCAUCAUGCCUGGAAGUAUUCUUUCAAGAAAUCGGGCAUUUGCUUUCCCUUUAAAUUCGACUAUCGUGGAUGACAUUAAUAUGGUAUUAUCUUCUCUCAUAGAAUCCGGUUUAAUCAAACAUAAGAAAAAAAGUGAUCUUCCGUUGGCUAAUGUUUGUCCAGUGGAUCUUCAAUCAACGGAAAGACAACUUCGAAACGCCGAUUUAUAUUUGACUUAUGAAGUUAUUGCAGCUGGAUAUAUUAUUGCGAUGAUAGUUUUCAUCAUAGAAUUAAUUAUUAAAUAUAUUAAUUAUUGCAAGAAUAAGAAAAAUGCGAGGCAAUCGUCUAAGAUUCCAAAACAAACUAUUAAGUACCAAGAAAAUUCUGAACAAUCUUUAUCGGCAUCGCGAUUACCUUUAUACGAUACUACUAAUAAUAAUUAUUGGAGGAAUAAUAACUUUAGUUUAAUUAAAAGAAGUCCACCACCAUUAUAUCAUCAUAAUGAAGGGAAUACAUCUUUUUUGGGUAAACGACAUAACAUUAAUGGACGUAAUUAUUACAUAGUCGUAGAUAGAAGCGGUAGUCAGAGACUAAUUCCUAUUAGGACGCCAUCAGCAUUUUUGUUUCAAUAUACUGCAUAAUAUAUAUUAUGUAUAUAUACAUGUACAUAAUAUAAUAUAAUUUUUUAAUUGUGUCUAGAGUUAAUGAGAUAGACGUACAAUAAUUUCUAUUUUUUUCAUUUUUCUUUUUUUUUAAUAUCAUCUAAUAUAUUAUACAAAAAGUAUACGAAGGAAUGACGUCAAUAUAACUCUUCUACGCAGUAUAUAUAUAUAUACACAUUUAUGUAUGUAUAUAAUUACAAGGCACAUGUGUUAUUUCGUUAUUUCUGCUUUUGAAACUGUGAAUGUAUAUAUGUCUAUAUAUCUGUUGUCUCUAUCUGUGGAACGUACUGUUUAUUAUUAAAUAAACAUAAUUUAUAUUGCAUAUAUAUAUAUAUACAUAUAUAUUUGAUUAUCUUCUUUUUUAAAAGAUUGAAGAACGAGAAAUGAUUUUUAUAUAUAUUGAAAAGAAAAUAGUUUAGGAACUCCGGUACUACGCAUACUAAAUAUAAUAUUAAUCACAAUUAAUUCUUUAUUCUCUUUUGCACUACACAUAAAAAAGGAAAAGAAACGUAGAAUUUAUAAAAUUCUCACUUCAAUCAGAGAUCGUUCUUCAAAUCAUCUAAGAUGCUUAUAUUUAGUAUAAUAAAUAUUGUGAAUAACAAACGAACUGAUGAUAGAACUUAACAUAUAUAUAUAUAUUUUUUGUAUUUUUUUUUGUAUUUUUUUUUAUACGAAUUUAUUUGCAAUCUGUUCAUUCUGUAUACGAUUAUAUAUCCUUCUCGAGUAUUUAUUAUUAUAACUUUCGCGCUCGCGCGUGAUGCUCAGAUAAAAUACUGUAUCAAAUGUUCUCUACUAAAAAUUCAUAUACAUAUAUUCUUUACAAACAGUAUUCUCCUUUAUAUUUUUUGCAUUGCUAAGUAAAUAAUGCAUUUUAGUACCAUUAUUGCUUUGUACAUACAUUAAGGAAAAUGAAAGGUCAUAGUGCAUACUCGUCCUGUUAAGUUUAAAGGCGGUAUAUUAUCGAAAAUAGUUACAGUUUUUUAUAUAUAUAUAUAUAUGGCUUCAUCAACAUUUGGUUGAUAAUAAUUCAUAUAGAUACAGGAUGGACCGUUUUUAUAAAACAUGAGGAAUUAUUUUAUUAAAAUAAUAUGAGAAGUUAAAAUUAUAUCGAUGUGAGAAAGUUCAUAUAAAUAUAUAUCUUUAAGAUACACAAUAAAAAUAAAAAAUAAAAACACAGAGAAAGAUAGAGAGAUAGAUAGAAAGAGAGAGAGAGAGAGAGAGAGAGAGAGAGAAAUAAAAAGAGAGAAAAUUACUAAUAACUACAUACUUUCUUCACGUCUCAAAAUACACUAUGCUUUAAUCGUGAUUAAUUUUCCACGGAACGAUUACGAUCGAAUGUUUAUUAUUUGUUCGUAUAUACACAAUAUUUUAUUAAAUAGUUUAAUAGUUUAAUUGAAAACGAGCCAGUCCUGUAUUGCACAAUAUUGCCAAAGAAAUCCAUCGUUAAUACGCAUAUCUAUUAUGGUGCAUAUACAAGGCUAUACACAUGCACAUUCUUCUGUUCAUGUUCUUAUUUUGUAUACAUGCAAAUUUUACAUAACGAAUCAUUUCAUGUGUCGCAAGAUCGAUCAGUAUACAUGCGCUUUUAUAUACAAGUACUUAUAUGCACAUGCAAUUGGCAAGCAUUCCAUUUCAUUAUAAAAUCGGACUGCGCAAUAACUUUAAUAUUCUGCGCGCGAUAUAGCGCAAUUAAUAAAAAUACUAAAUAUUACUGUCGAAUAAAUUUAAUUUGUAUCAAUCGUCAAUUGUAUUUACAAUUAAGACACGCGAUUUUUAUGCCACAUUUACUAAACGGACGAUAUUGUUUUUGUAAAAUAUGUCGAGAUAUCGACUUUUUAUGGAUUUACUAUAUAUGUCAUUUGUUAAUGUGUUUAUAAGUAUGUAUGCUUAUACGUGUGAGCGCGCGUGCAAUAUUACAUCUAUUUAUUUAUUUUAAGUUUUUAUUUAUUUAUUUGUUUGUUUGUUUGUUUUUUGUUUGUUCAGUAUUCGAGGUAAAAUGUACAUGGCAUAAAAAAUUGAAAGCACAAGAGAAAAUAGGCAGGAGAAGAUAUUCUAUAAGAGAUAUUCUAUAAUAAUAUUAUUCAUUGUUGCGAGUUUCUUUUUUUACCAUAAGGAAACACAAAAUGCAUCGAUGCAUACGUGCUUUGAUAAACAUACAUGUCAUAAGGACAACCUUCAUUCAUUCAUCAUGUGGCAAUCCUUCUUCCUGCUAUUUUAUACAAAGUAAUCUAAAAUUCUAGCUCGUUAUUUCUAAUCGCUCCGUUAGAUCUUUCAUUAUUUUAAAUAGAGCUUAUAGAUUCAAUAUCCCCUCACAUUAAGUAAUACCAUCGCUCUAAAUCCACAUAUUUGAUUCCAAAACUACGUAUUUAAGAUCAUAUAUGCUAUUAACCAGAUAUUGGCCAAAAUUUACAUAUUGCUAGUUAAUAUUAUAACCUCCAGAAAGUGUACGAUACAUAAAACCAAUACUUACAUUGUGUUUUUGGUCGUACAAAUGUAUGCUUGUUCUAUCUAAGAGUAUAGGAAAAUAUAUUACCAGCUCAUAUAAGUUAAAUAUUCAAUUUCACAAACAUCGUGUUUUUCUUUUUCGAUGUAAAAGAAGCAAACACU